UGCGGGCGCUGUGGCUGUCAGGAAGGCGUAGAAUGGAUUCACGGGGGCUGGAGGGGACUGUCCAGGGUUACGGCUAGCCGUUUGCUAGCUAGCGGUGACCACUCAAGUCAAGGGAAUUUCUUCUUGGCGCCAAGCAAAAGAAGUCCUUCCCUUCCCAAAGGAUUUAAAUUUUGAGCAAAAAGUUCUGGAAUUAGGAUUUCUGUGCAUUUUGUCCCUUUUCCUGCAUAUGAAUUCUGAAGCCAUCAACUUGCAUGCUUGUCUCCUCCAGAGACUGGCUGGGAGGAGCUGAAGGAAGGGGCAGAAGCAUUUUUGCCUAAGAUACUGAAAAAAUUUGGAGAGCAGAUUUAUUCCAGCGCAGCUACCCUCCUCGCUGAGUGUAGUACCUAGUAGCUGGCUCAGGGGAGGGGAAGGUAACUAAGUGACCUCGGGUGGGGCAGGUCAGUGUCCAGGUAUUGUUCAACAGAUUCCAGACUGGAGCCUUCUGUCUUCUCUUUACAGCCAACAUGCCCAUCACUCGGAUGCGCAUGAGACCCUGGCUAGAGAUGCAGAUUAAUUCCAACCAAAUCCCGGGGCUCAUCUGGAUUAAUAAAGAGGAGAUGAUCUUCCAGAUCCCAUGGAAGCAUGCCGCCAAGCAUGGCUGGGACAUCAACAAGGAUGCCUGUUUGUUCCGGAGCUGGGCUAUUCACACAGGCCGAUACAAAGCAGGGGAAAAGGAGCCAGACCCCAAGACAUGGAAGGCCAACUUUCGCUGUGCCAUGAACUCCCUGCCAGAUAUUGAGGAGGUGAAGGACCAGAGCAGGAACAAGGGCAGCUCAGCUGUGCGGGUGUACCGGAUGCUUCCACCUCUCAACAAGAACCAGAGAAAAGAAAGAAAGUCGAAGUCCAGCCGAGAUGCUAAGAGCAAGGCUAAGAGGAAGUUAUGUGGGGAUUCCAGCCCUGAUACCUUCUCUGAUGGACUCAGCAGCUCCACUCUGCCUGAUGAUCACAGUAGCUAUACAACUCCGGGCUACAUGCAGGACUUGGAGGUGGAGCGGGCCCUGACUCCAGCACUGUCGUCGUGUGGUGUCAGCAGCACCCUCCCUGACUGGCACAUCCCAGUGGAAGUUGUGCCGGACAGCACCAGUGAUCUGUACAACUUCCAGGUGUCACCCAUGCCCUCCACCUCUGAAGCUGCAACAGAUGAGGAUGAGGAAGGGAAAUUACCUGAGGACAUCAUGAAGCUCUUGGAGCAGUCGGAGUGGCAGCCGACAAACGUGGAUGGGAAGGGGUACCUACUCAAUGAACCUGGAGUCCAGCCCACCUCUGUCUAUGGAGACUUUAGCUGCAAGGAGGAGCCAGAAGUUGACAGCCCAGGGGGCGAUAUUGGGCUGAGUCUACAGCGCGUCUUCACAGAUCUGAAGAACAUGGAUACCACCUGGCUGGACAGCCUGUUUACUCCAGUCCGGUUGCCCUCCAUCCAGGCUAUUCCCUGUGCACCGUAGCGGGGCCCCUGAACCCCUUACUCCCCUAGGCAAGCAGGUCCUGGCAUCAUGGUGGAUAUGGUGCAGAGAAGCUGGACUUCUGUGGGCCCCUCAACAGCCAAGUGUGACCCCACUGCAAAGUGGGGAUGUGACCUCCCUCCUUGGAUCAGUGGCCUCUCAGGACCUGGUUGGCCAGCGUCUGAGUUUGUCUUGUGGGGUAAAGCUGGCCCUGCCUCCUGGGAAGAUGAGGUUCUGAGACUGGCAUGUCAGGUCGGGGACUUGGACAGGAGUCAGUGUCUGGCUUUUUCCUCUGAGCCGAUCUGCCUGGAGAGGGUCUUGCUGUCAUUGGCUGGCCCCUAGGGGAACAGACCAGUGACCCCAGAAAAGCACCAUUCCCAGGGCUGGCUCUGCACUAAGAGAUAGUUGCACUAAGUAAAUCUCGUUCCCAAAGAAUUACCCCUUUUUCAGCUGAGCCCUGGGGACUGUUCCAAAGCCAGUAAAAUGUGAAGGAAAGUGGAGUCCUUCGGGGCGGUGUUCCUCAGCCUCAGAGGAGCUCUACACUGCUCCCUGCUUUGGCCGAGGGGCUUGGGAGAAAACUUGGCACUUUUUCUUGUGGAUCUUGCCACAUUUCUGAUUAGAGAUGUACACUAACAUUUCCCCCGAGCUCUUGGACUUUGCAUUUAUUUAUACAGUGCCUUGCUUGGCGCCCACCACCCCCUCAAGCCCCAGAAGCCCUCAGCAGGCCCAGGGAGGGAAGUGAGUGUGCCUUGGUAUGACUUAAAAUUGGAAAUGUCAUCUAACCAUUAAGUCAUGUGUGAACACAUAAGGACGUGUGUAAAUAUGUACAUUUGUCUUUUUAUAAAAAGUAAAUUGUUCAUUGG